AUGACAGCCACGAUAGUUUACGGCCUAACUCUCUCGAUGGUCAUGACCGUGGCCAUGGGCGCAACGCCCCUGGCCCGCUGGCAGCCAUUGGUGCCGCCCCCGCCCCGCUGGGGUGCCAACAUGCUUAUGCUAAGACGCCACAACAGUCCCGCCUUCGACUUUUGGACCGAGGACAGUGAUACGAAUAUUUGGGAGCACUGCGGACUCUUCGAGGGCGACAUAAUGCUGCAUCGGGAACUCAUUAGGAAUGGGCUGCUCAACGAGCGACUCAUUUGGCCGGAUGCGACGGUACCCUUCUACAUAGAUCCCAAUGAUUUCUCAAACAACCAGACCAUGAUCAUACUAAAGGCUUUCAAGGAGUAUCACGACAAGACCUGCAUUCGCUUCCGUCCCUACGAGCAGGGCGACAAAAAUUGGUUGGUGAUCAAAGGGAACUAUUCGGGCUGUUGGUCUAGUGUGGGGCGACGCCAGGGCGGCCAAGUUCUGAAUCUUAACACGCCCAAGUGCGUGACUCACGGCGUGGCUGUGCACGAGCUGUUGCAUGCACUCGGCUUCUAUCACCAGCAGAGCGCCACGGAACGGGACGAGUAUGUGAAGAUAAAUUGGGAGAAUAUUCUGGAUGGACAUGCGCACAACUUUAACAAAUACGCACGCACCCACAUCAGCAAUUUUGGAGUGGAGUACGACUAUCAGAGCGUGAUGCACUAUAGUUCCAAGGCAUUCAGCAAGAAUGGCAAGGCAACCAUUGAGCCCCUGGACCCGUACGCGACUCUGGGUCAGCGGCGUGGGCUGUCGAAGAAGGAUAUUGCAAAACUAAACGAGAUGUACGAGCAGGACUGCAAUGAAAAUUUCUUCUUCAGCUUCGAUCGCUUCUCCGAAUAUCUGAACAAUCUUAUUGACUACUUUCAGGGUGAUAUCGAGGGAUUUUUUGGUUGA